AUGCGCGCCCCAGGCUCUUACUUUCCCAUCUUCCAAUCUCCAGACAGCAUGCCAGAUCUACAAGGCAGGACUGCUAUCAUUACGGGAGGUGCAUGCGGGAUUGGCAGCGAAAUUGCUCGAGCCCUCGUCAUCCACAAAUGCCGAGUCAUAAUGGUGAAUGUUCACGAGAAGCAAAGCAAAGAAACGAUCUUCACUGUCCGCGAUGAGGUUGGCUCAGACGCUGCUCUUGAUUAUCGAUACUGCGAUAUGACGGACCUUAUCCAAGUACAAGAAGUCUUCUCUGCCCUCUGCGAUGAGCUUCCUCGGCUGGACUUGUGUAUAUUCGGCUCAGGAAUCGACCAGGCUCACUUCAAAACCGAUCUCCACUGCAUUGAUGCUUACUUUGGUAUGAUGUGGCUGGGUCACUUCUACGCCAGCAAUCUUCUCUGGCCCCUACUUCGCAAAACUUCCAGAAUACCCAAUACACCAGCCCCUCGUGUCCUUUUCGAAGCCCCAGGACAACAACGCCUACCAAGCAUUUCCGACGACUCAUCCAGUGACGAAGAAGAUCAACACCGCUCUGCUUACGAUGCAGAAGUUUGUUCUGAGAUUUUCCGUCGCUCGAAAACUAGCUUGCUCCUUGGUGUCAGGCAUGGCCUUGCUGAGCGCAUUGUCAAGCGCCACCAUGACAACAUUUACGCACUCGCCGUGCAACCAUCAAGGAACUUGGCAGACGCAGGCAGCCAAUAUAGAAGGGAUAGCCAUUGGCAACCUUCAGAUCUCUGCGAUCACAUUCUGGACACUCUUUCCAAGGAUACCAAAUUCGCGGUACGCAGCAGCUCGCGCAUCGUUCUCUACGCAGCCACAUCACCCGACGUCGAGAACAAGUACUUGAAUGGCGCGUACCUAGUCGACGUUGGCGUCCCCGGACGAGAGAAAGAUCUAGCCGCUGAUCCUUCGUUGGGUCCUGGUUUCUGGGAUAUUAGCGAGAGAGCUAUCAAGGCGGUAGUCGGCAAGGAUGCCAUGAUGCCUUGGGACCACGAUUGGGUCAAGUCACCAAAAGACGUGGCUGCAUAA